AUGAGUCGGUCAGUCUCGUUGACCACCGAUAGUCAUCGCCCAAUGUCUAGUGACAGUAAUCUACCUCAGAGCCCAACGGUCGCUGCUUCUGUUGGUAUCAGCAGUGCCGAUGGACCUCUAUCCCCGACCUAUCAGAUCGAUGGAGACCACAUGGGUGCCCUCAAUCCCAUGGCGACACCUCAACCCUUUAAUGGUGACCAGCCAAAGGUCUACCUUGAGCUCCGGGAUGGCCAAGUCUUCGAAGGCCUGAGCUUCGGUGCCAACAAAAGCAUUUCUGGAGAACUCGUCUUUCAGACCGGCAUGGUCGGCUACCCAGAGUCUAUCACUGAUCCAUCUUACCGCGGGCAGAUCCUUGUUAUUACUUUCCCACUGGUCGGCAACUACGGCGUGCCCUCGAGAGAGACCAUGGACGAGUUGCUAGGCGAUCUUCCCAAGCACUUUGAGUCCGAUCAAAUCCACAUCGGAGGACUUGUUGUUGCCUCAUACGCUGGUGAGAGUUACUCUCACCACCUGGCUACUUCUUCUCUGGGCGCCUGGCUCAAAGAACAAGGCGUUCCGGCCAUGUGUGGUGUCGACACGAGAGCUCUGACAAAGAUUAUUCGAGAAGAAGGCAGCAUGCUUGGUCGCAUGCUUCAGACACGACCUUCUUCAAAGCCAAAACUUUCCAAUGGUGUCAAGCCGGAUGCACAGCCAAAUGGAGAUGUGGUGAUGGGCCCGCAAAACUGGCAAGACCAAGUGGAAGAAGUGGAGUGGCAUGACCAGAACAAGAGAAACCUUGUGGCAGAGGUAUCCGUGAAGGAACCCCGAGUCCUCUCGCCUCCCACAACCAGAGCUCUGCUUCAUCCUUCUGGACGGCCUGUUCGCGUGGUGGUUGUAGAUGUCGGUCUGAAGUACAAUCAACUUCGGUGUCUACUAUCCCGGGGCGUUGAGGUUCUGGUGGUGCCGUGGGAUUACAACUUUCCGGCCCUUGCUGGAAAAGAUUACGAUGGCUUGUUUAUCUCCAAUGGUCCUGGAGAUCCGGCAAUGCUCUCAACAACAAUCAAACACAUUUCCGAGGCUUUGAAGGAAGCCCGAACUCCAAUUUUCGGCAUCUGUCUUGGCCAUCAAUUACUGGCUCGCGCAGCUGGUGCAGAGACAUUGAAAAUGAAGUUUGGUAAUCGCGGGCACAACAUUCCCUGCACAAACCUAUUAUCCGGACGAUGCUAUAUCACUUCACAAAACCAUGGUUUUGCCGUUGAUUCCAUGACUCUUCCUGAAGGGUGGGAAGAACUGUUUGUGAAUGCAAACGAUGGCAGCAACGAAGGCAUUCGGCACGUCUCUCGGCCAUACUUCAGCGUGCAGUUUCACCCUGAGUCCACACCUGGACCCCGAGACACCGAAUUUCUCUUCGACGUCUUCAUUGAUGCAAUCAUGAAGAGUGUCGAAUCUGUGGAUGCUCUGCUCCAGCCUGUAUCCUUCCCAGGCGGUACAAUCGAGGAGAAUGAACAAGCACAUCCUCGUGUCAUGGUCAAGAAAGUCCUUGUGCUCGGAAGUGGUGGCCUCAGCAUCGGUCAAGCGGGAGAAUUCGAUUAUUCCGGCAGUCAAGCAAUCAAAGCUCUCAAGCAGGAAGGCAUAUACACCGUUUUGAUCAAUCCGAACAUUGCAACUAUUCAAACCUCGAAGGGUCUUGCGGACAAGGUGUAUUUUCUACCCGUCAACGCAGACUUCGUUCGAAAAGUGAUCAAGUAUGAGAGGCCGGACGGUAUUUACUGCACAUUUGGCGGCCAGACUGCGCUACAAGUUGGUAUCCAGCUCAAAGACGAGUUUGCAGCUCUCGGAGUACAGGUUUUGGGGACUCCGAUCGACACCAUCAUUACCACAGAGGACCGUGAGCUUUUCGCGAGAAGCAUGGAGUCAAUAGGAGAAAAAUGCGCCAAAUCAGCAUCCGCUUCGAGUCUGGAAGAGGCAAUGCGAGUGGUCCAGGAUAUUGGAUUCCCUGUCAUUGUCAGAGCUGCUUACGCGUUGGGCGGACUCGGCAGCGGGUUUGCUGAGGAUCCGCAACAGCUGCGCGAGCUAUGCACAAAAGCAUUUGCUGCAAGUCCGCAAGUGCUCAUUGAAAGGAGCAUGAAAGGCUGGAAAGAGAUCGAAUAUGAGGUCGUGCGAGAUGCCCGGGACAACUGCAUAACCGUCUGCAACAUGGAAAAUUUUGAUCCCUUAGGCAUCCAUACUGGGGACUCGAUCGUCGUCGCUCCUUCGCAGACUCUGUCGGAUGAAGAUUACAACAUGCUACGUACCACAGCCGUCAAUGUCAUUCGCCAUCUAGGUGUCGUGGGAGAGUGUAAUAUCCAGUACGCUCUUAACCCCUUCUCCAAGGAGUAUUGCAUCAUAGAGGUGAACGCGAGACUGUCUCGCUCUUCUGCUUUAGCCUCCAAGGCGACAGGAUAUCCGCUAGCGUUCAUUGCCGCCAAACUCGGACUGGGCAUUCCACUGAACGAAAUAUCCAACUCAGUCACCAAAAAGACUUGUGCCUGCUUCGAGCCUUCGCUUGAUUACGUUGUGGUCAAAAUCCCGCGAUGGGACUUGAAGAAAUUUACGAGAGUUUCUACACAGCUCGGCUCUUCGAUGAAGAGUGUUGGUGAGGUCAUGUCCAUUGGCAGGACGUUCGAAGAAGCCAUUCAAAAAGCCAUUCGCUCUGUUGAUUUUCACAAUCUCGGCUUCUCGGAUAUCUCGAACCCUCUAAUGUCCGUCGACGACGAAUUGCAAACCCCUUCAGAUCAAAGAAUGUUCGCCAUAGCCAAUGCCAUGCACGCCGGAUAUUCUGUAGACAAAAUCUGGGAAAUGACCAAGAUUGAUAAGUGGUUCCUUUCUCGAUUGAAGGGUCUGAGCGAUUUCGCGAAACUCAUGUCCACUUUCACGGCGACGAGCGUCCCUCCGGCGUUGAUUCGACAGGCCAAACAGCUUGGAUUUUCGGACAGACAGCUAGCUCGAUACUGGAACUCGAACGAGUUGGCCGUGAGACGCCUGAGGGCUGAAGCAGGCAUACAUCCCUUCGUCAAACAGAUCGAUACCGUUGCCGCCGAGUUUCCCGCUUACACAAACUACCUUUAUCUUACCUACAACGGCACAGAGCACGACAUUACAUUCAACGACCACGGAGUAAUGGUCCUUGGAUCUGGUGUCUAUCGAAUUGGCUCCUCUGUGGAAUUCGAUUGGUGUUCGGUAAGAGCUAUCCGGACUCUUCGAGAGCAAGGUUACAAGACGGUCAUGGUCAAUUACUUCAACGACCCUUUGCUAACUUCCCAACCGUACAAUCCGGAAACCGUUUCAACCGAUUAUGACGAAGCGGAUAGGCUAUAUUUCGAGAACAUCAAUCUGGAGACCGUCCUCGACAUCUAUCAGAUGGAAUCUGCGAGUGGUGUCAUCAUUUCGAUGGGCGGACAGACACCCAACAACAUCGCGUUGCCUCUGCAUAGGCUGAAUGUGAAGAUACUGGGAACAUCCCCAGAAAUGAUUGACUCCGCCGAAAAUAGGUACAAAUUCUCCCGAAUGUUGGACAGGAUCAACGUGGACCAGCCCUCCUGGAAAGAGCUUACAAGCAUCGAGGAUGCUCUGCAGUUCUGUGAGAAGGUCCAAUAUCCUGUUCUAGUUCGGCCAUCCUAUGUCCUGUCUGGAGCAGCGAUGAACACCGUGUAUUCCAAGGACGAUCUCGCCAGCUACCUCAACCAAGCGGUUGCUGUGUCAAGGGAACAUCCCGUUGUGAUUACCAAGUAUAUCGAGAAUGCAAAAGAGAUCGAAAUGGAUGCUGUCGCAAAAGACGGCGUCAUGACAGGGCAUUUCAUCUCCGAACACGUGGAAAACGCCGGUGUCCAUUCGGGAGACGCGACCUUGAUAUGUCCUCCACAGGACCUUGAACCAGAGACUAUAGCUCGCAUUGAGGAAGCGACCCGCAAGAUUGGGAAUGCGCUCAAUGUCACAGGUCCAUUCAAUAUCCAGUUCAUUGCCAAAGACAACGAGAUCAAAGUCAUCGAGUGCAACGUGCGAGCCUCGAGAUCGUUCCCCUUUGUCUCGAAAGUCAUGGGCGUGGAUCUCAUCCAGAUGGCGACCAACGUUAUCAUGGACAAGCCUGUGACGCCUUAUCCACCCGUCAACCUGCCGCCAGACUAUGUCGGUGUCAAGGCACCUCAGUUUUCAUUCUCUCGUUUGUCGGGAGCAGAUCCCGUGUUGGGCGUCGAGAUGGCGUCGACUGGAGAAGUUGCCUGCUUUGGACGAGAUCGAUACGAAGCUUACAUCAAGGCAACCAUUUCCACUGGCUUCAAACUACCUGAGAAGAAUAUACUUCUCUCCAUCGGAUCUUACAAAGACAAGCUGGAAAUGCUUCCAUCGGUGCAGAAAUUGCACCAGAUGGGAUACAAUAUAUUUGCGACGUCUGGCACGGCUGACUUCCUCGAGGAGCACGGCAUCAAAGUCAAAUACCUAGAGGUUCUUGCUGGAGACGACAAAGAUCAAAAAUCGGAGUAUUCGCUGACCCAGCAUCUCGCUAGUAAUAUGAUUGACCUCUACAUCAAUCUGCCCUCCAACAAUAGGUUUCGGAGGCCUGCCAACUAUAUGAGCAAAGGAUAUCGCACACGAAGAAUGGCUGUCGACUAUCAGACUCCUUUGAUCACGAACGUCAAGGUCGCCAAGAUUCUCAUCGAAGGACUAGCCAGGCACUAUGAAUUGAACGUCCGGAACAUCGACUUCCAAACGAGUCAUCGAACAGUGGUUCUUCCAGGGCUGGUCAACGUGGCUGCAUUUGUCCCCGGUAUUGCUCAGAGAGGGUCUCCGGAUUUCUCCCUCGUCACCAAGGCGUCCAUUGCGGCAGGCUUUAGCAUGGUGCGGGUCAUGCCUGUCGGCAUCGAUAGUGCCGUCACCGAUGCCCGCUCUUUGAAGAUCGCACAACACAAUGCUCAAAGCGGAGCAUUCUGUGACUUCAACUUGUCUGUAGCGGCCACGGAUUCUAAUUCCGAGCAGAUCGUCCUCGUCAAAGAAGAGGUUGGGUCGCUCUUUAUCCCCUUCAACCAUCUCUCAUCUGGCAAUAUCAACAAAGUUGCAACCGUGUCAGCGCAUUUCGGAACAUGGCCGUCGUACAAGCCCAUUGUGACUGACGCAAAGACAACAGAUCUAGCAUCAAUCCUCUUGUUGGCUAGUCUACAUGAUCGGAAGGUCCACGUGCACAACGUCACAUCAAAGGACGAUAUCAGCCUGAUUGCUCUUGCGAAGGAGAAAGGCUUGAAGGUCACAUGUGACGUGUCAAUUUACAGUCUCUUCUUGUCUCAAUCAGACUAUCCCGAAUGCUCUGCGCUCCCGACCCCUGCCGAUCAGCGAGCAUUGUGGGAUCACCUACCAACAAUCGAUGUCUUCUCCAUUGGUAGCCUGCCAUACCAGAUCGCCGGCGAAGAUGCAGUUCCCACUGUCGGGAUCACUGAUGCUCUUCCACUGCUAUUGACGGCGGUCUCAGAAGGAAGGAUGACCGUGGAGGAUGUCACCAGACGUUUGCACGACAACCCGACGGCCAUCUUUGAGCUCCACGACCAGCCUUCCACGUCUGUCGAGAUUGAUAUUGAUCGCCCCUAUGUGCUGCAAGUUGGCAAUGUGUGGUCGCCGUUCGUCGGAAGGACCUUGCGGGGUGCAGUCUCAAGAGUGGUUUUCCAGGGCAAGACCGCUUGCCUCGACGGUGAAGUACUCCUCGAUGGUCCUAGGGGUUCCGACAUGUCUUCGCACUUACUCCAUCCUGUGGCGACAACAGCGGCUUCUGGGUCUCCAGUCAUCCAGGCUCAAGUGGAAGGUCCAAUCGACAGACGAACCUCCGUACUCGACACCACGACAAACAGACGUAUUUCAAUGAGCACCCGGAGCCGGCCAAUUGUCCGUGCUCGCCCCAUGGACGAAGUCCUGGAGACGACCAGUCCGAACCUUCCGACCGCGGCAUUGUACCAACCCCAACCCCCCUCCACGAUCUCGCCUUCUCUGCUCAGUCUUCUCGCUUCGUCGCCCUUCAAAAAUCGCCACGUACUCUCGGUCAAUCAAUACAACCGACAAGACCUGCACAUCCUGUUCACCGUUGCACAGGAAAUGCGCCUGGGUGUCCAACGCCAAGGUAUCUUGCCGAUCUUGCAAUCCCGUGUCCUUUGCACCAUGUUCUACGAGCCCAGCACUCGCACGUCGGGGUCUUUCGACGCUGCAAUGCAACGGCUAGGAGGUCGCACGAUCGCCAUUAAUACCGACCACUCAAGUACACAAAAGGGAGAGACUCUGCAGGAUAGUAUCCGAACGCUGGGCUGCUACGGCGACGCGGUAGUACUCCGCCAUCCAGACGAAGAAUCUGCUGCCACCGCAGCCAAAUUUUCCCCUGUGCCUAUCAUCAACGGUGGAAAUGGAAGCCGCGAACACCCCACCCAAGCCUUCCUCGACCUCUUCACCAUCCGCGAAGAAUUGGGGACUGUAACCGGUCUCACGGUCACCUUCACCGGCGAUCUCAAGUACGGACGCACGGUCCACUCCUUGGUCAAGCUCCUCCAGUACUACGAAGUGCGCAUCAACCUCGUGUCCCCCAAAGCGCUCGCCCUGCCGCCUGAAGUACGCGAUCUCAUCGUGUCUUCGGGCCAGCUGGCCAUCGAGUCGGACACGCUCACUCCAGAGAUCGUCGCCAAGAGCGACGUCUUGUACUGCACGCGCGUUCAAAAGGAGAGGUUCCCCUCAUUGGACGAAUACGAGAGGUUGAAGGAUAGUCUGAUUGUGGACAACUCGGUCUUGAAGUAUGCCAAGCAGAGCAUGAUUGUCAUGCAUCCCUUGCCGAGAAAUCGCGAGAUCAGCGAGGAAGUCGACUUUGAUCAACGCGCCGCCUAUUUCAGGCAGAUGCGCUACGGGCUGUACACGAGGAUGGCGCUGUUGGCGCUCGUGCUGGCGCAUUAG